ACAACCUGGCUCGUAUUGGAAGUUUAGUGUAGCAGAGAGGAUGUCAAGAUUACAAAAGGAAAUGGUGAGUAUGCCUCCUGCUGGGAAAUGGACCUGGAAUGAUGAAAAACAAACCCUGGAGUUUACUUGCUUUAACAUUUCUGAUGGGAUUAAAAAGAAGAGAAAAGACUCAAAAGCUCCUUCCUACCAAGAGCUGGUCAGGGAACAUCUAUUAAAAAUUUCAAAGUGCAAGUCUUCCACCAAAGGAGGGAGCUCUGGUCUGAGGAAGAGUGUGAGACUUGCUGAGCUGAACGCUUUCAAGGCCACUGCAGAAUGCUCACAGGAAAGGGACUCGAUCACUAUUGAGGAUAUUAAACAAGUAGCGGUCUCUGUAAUGCAGGAGAAUGAAGCCCUGCCCAUUCCGCUUUGCUUUAUGUCUGUCAUUCAGAAUAAGGAGCUGGAUGCAUUUCUGGCUGCUCUUUUGCUGUAUCUGCAGUGCUAUUGGCAGAGGAAGGCUCUGGAGGAGAGUUCUGAGGCUCUCAUGGUGGAGCAGAGCGUGACACAGCAGCAGAUGACAGCAGAAGCAAGUGUUAAACUAGAUCUGGCCAAGAAGCACCUGGCCGUCUGUUACUCCAGUCUGCUGCUGGGGCAGAGUCUCUCCCAACAACACCACAUGGCUUGUGGCAGGAGCAGGGUGUCAUCCACCUACAGUGACAGGCUUCUGUAUGAGUGUCUGUACAGCUUCUUCUGCUAUGUGGCUUGGGUCACCUUCGGAAGACGUGAUCUAAAAGGUAUUCAGAUUGAGAUUAAUCGCUUACUGCGACCUGACACAUUCAACCCUGCCCUGAGGGCUCAAAGGAAAGAACCAGAGGAAGAAGAGGAGGAGCAGGAGAUCACACAGACAGAGAGUCAACCCAAGACCAUCCAAAACAUUAGGAAGUCUCAGCAUAGGCCUGGCCUAAUCUCUACAAUGACCCAGUGCUCACCUGUCAUGAUGUCCAUCCUGCCUUCAACACAAGAAAAAGGAUCUCAUUUGUUUCAGAGCUCCAACAUCCACAAGCUGCCACCAGAUGAGAUGAUAGACACAGAUGUUUUGAUGGAGGAGCUCAGCCAACAGCUGGCAACUUGCAGCUUUGGAAUACUGGGAAAACCUCUGAGCCAGUUGAGACACAACUCAAUGAUGCCCCAUGGAGCCACGAAGGAGGAUGAUGAGGCAGAUGAUGAAGACAAUUUUGAUGAUGAUGAUGAUGAUGAUGAUGAUGAUGAUGAAAAUUCACUAACAGUUAAUAGGGGUAGGAAGACCACCUUUAUACACCAGAGAUCCCGUAGGACGACUGCAGAGCAGCGCAGCAGCAUGAGCCGAGCUCACACUGUGACCUCGAGAGCCACCACAGAGGCACCGUUGUCAGAUACAGAAUGAACUAUUUACUUUGUGCAUAUGUACGUAGGCUUGUAAUGUAAUGUAGUGCCAGUCUGUAUUUGUCUAGUGCUUAAAAUAUUCAUAUCUGUUGUUGUCUUCAGAAAAGUGGGCAUGGUCUGAACCAGAAAGCGUUUUUUUAUGUUAAGCUGUUGCAAAAAUAAGGACACAAAUUACAGCAUAAUGUUCUGCAAAUAGCAACUUUAUCACUUUAUUGAAGUCCAGAAACAGAUGCCUAUGUUAAAUGUUCUGGAAACGUCUGUCUAAUUUGACCGAAUAAGCAAGAUGUGUUUCAAAUCAGUUAUUUAGGCUACAUUUGACAACAUUAUCAAACUUUUGUUGCUAUUUUUUAAACACCAGAAAGAUGUGAAAUGUUUGCAGGAUGUGCUUAGGGGUUUUGAGGAUUCAUUCUAAAACUGGGACAGUGCGGCUGUGAGUCAAAAUGGGAUCUUUUUCAUUUCAUUUAAAAUGGUUUUAUCAUUUUCAACAUGUUCAUGUUCUACAAUAUUGAUUGCUUGGAGAGCAGGUAGAGAUCUGUAGCUCUGUGCACUGUGUGAACUCUGUGUGAACUACAGUAUAUGGAGCUAGGACUCAAUAAACAGUAUUUUACAGAUAAAUGGUCAGGCUAAAUUCGAAUAAGUCAUUUUCCAUUAUACUUAUCAUGCUCUUGUGCUAUGUUUUUAGCUAGAUUUUGGUUGCUAGAUUUUGUGUAUAACGCCUGUAUAAUGCAGAUACUGUUCCAAAAAAUUACCACAAUGUUUCAACUUGUUUGGAGGAAAAUGCAGAAAAAAUACUGUAAUCUUCCUUUUCCUAUUCUCAAAAAUUUUGGGAUAUUAUCAGAUCUUUUGGUGUGAUCUUUGAGCUGAACUUGUGGUAGGAAGCUUGUUGGAACCUGAGAAACCUCCCUACAAGCUUCUGGAAAAUGAUCUGGAAAAUUCAGCAUUAAAGGAAAAACAUUGUUCAUUUUAAAAAAAAAAUCGUUUCUGAAGCAAGCAAACUUUUCUUUAUUUUUUUUAUAAAAAGACACAACCUCCUUUUUUUGUGUCUGUCAUCAUAUCUAAUUAGGAUGCAUUAUUGUUCAAUCCAAACUUGUAUUUGAUGUCACAGAAUAUUGAGACCACAAAUGAGAUUAAGAUUCUGACAUUUUAUUUUAUUUAUUUUAGACCUACCUUCUUUAUCUUCUUGUAAUGUUUAAUAUUAGCAUUGAUAUGAAAGGUUUAUUACAGAAAGUCCCUGUUAUAAAAUUCCACAGAGAUUCAGUAUUAUAUUGUUGUUGAUUUGUGGGUUUUAAGCCCCAGCACUGCUAAGCUCCCACUGUUGGGCCUGUUAAGGUCCUUAACCCUCACUGCUCCAGGGGUCUGUAUCAUAUCUGACACUGAGCUCUGACCCCAACCUCCAAAGCUGGGAUAUGUGAAGCAAGGAUUUCACUGUGCUGUAAUGUA